AUGGCUCACAACUUGCCUGAGGGAAUCGUACAUGAUAUACUAUAUAGGCUACCGCCUAAAUCUUUGAUCAGAUGCACCUCGGUGUGCAAGCCAUGGAACUCCAUGAUCAAAAAUCCCAGCUUUAUACGCACCCAUGUCAACCGUACAAUCUGUCUUAAUAACCAGUUUUGCACCCACCUCUGCAUACUCCACUGUGUUCCUAGAGCUAUUCUUUCCAGCAACGUCAACGUUCGCGCAGACGAGCCAAGGGAGGAGCAUUACAGUUUGCACUAUGACAACCAUGCUUUUGAUGAGUACUGCAAGCUAGAAUUUCCAAUUGUUCCCAAGAUGAAUAAAUUUCUUCGCGUGGAUGGAAUUUGUAAUGGCCUGGUGUUCCUUGCUGAUGAUAACGACCGUUUAGGUUACACAUUCAUGUUAUGCAACCCGUCUAUCAGAAAGUCAGUGACACUUCCUAAGCCUCAUCUAUCCUUCGAGCCAAUAGGCCGGUACCAUGCUUGUAUUGGUUUUGGUUUUGACGCUGUGACUAAUGACUACAAGGUUGUGAGACUUAUCAAUGGGCGAUGUGAAGAUCCAAAUACUUUUUAUGAGGUUUAUUCACUAGCUGGAGGCUCAUGGAGUGAUCCUCGUUCUUUGGAUUUUGCACAUUUAGCUAUGAGUCCUAGAAAAUCCCAUGUUUUUGUUAAUGGGGCUAUUCAUUUUGAGGUAUGGCGCCCUUUGACAAACUUUGAUUAUGAAUAUUCCAUUUUGGCGUUUGACGUGGGAAGCGAUUCAUUUCGCAGGAUAAUGGCACCAAAGAAUUUCAGUAUCCCAGGGACCACGCAAUUGUUUAUUUCCGGCAACGGAAAUUCCAUUACUCUGUUCCAGCCUUGUUUUACUAGUACCGGAGAGAUUUGUCUGGAUAUAUGGGAGAUGAAAGAGUAUGGCACUGAAGAGUCAUGGACCAAAUUGACAACUCUAAGUCUACCAAGUCCACGGAGACGAGUUUUCUACAGGCCAUUAUGGUUCGGGAAGAGUGGUGAUGUAGUGUUGGUUCCGAUUACUUGUUUAUGGGAAGAUGAUGAUAGGUAUGAAUUAGUUUCUCUAGACCUUGUGAGCAAACAAUUAAAAAAUCUUGGAAUUCAGGGAUAUAAAUAUUAUUAUGCUGAAUCUUAUGUUGUGAGCCUCGUCUUACUCGACAAGACCGAUGCAGUUUCUUACUGA